UUGCGUGCACUUUGGAACGAGAUUACUGAAUGUUGGCUUUUGAACGGGAGCUACACACUACAGGAAGCGCGCUGAAGGACGGUCUGCAGAGGUGGCUUCUGAGUUAUGCUGAUUAAAGAUUAUAUUAAAUAUACUGUAAUUACAAUGUUGCUGUUAAGAAGAGUUGUUGUUGUGGCAGGGAGUUACGUUAGUAAACCUGCCGUCUCCUCCUGUAAGAACAAUCUCAAGCACUUGUGCAAUUUCAAGACCUCCUCUGCUGUAAUGGGACAGACCAUAUCUCAAGAUAAGGUAGUUUCCUAUGAGCAGCUGAAGAAGAUGCUGGAGAGCCACAACAUCCAGCUGUUUGAUGUGAGAAGCCUGGAGGAGUUCCAGGCAGGAAGGAUUCCGAGCUCCACCAACAUCCCCUUGGGUGAGCUGGAUCAAGCCUUGAAGAUGGAGUCCGAGACUUUUAAGAAGUUGUUUAAAGUAGAGAAACCUGAAAAGCAGGACAGCAACAUUGUCUUCCACUGCCAGUCAGGGAGGAGAAGUGCCACUGCCCUAGAAACUGCAGUGAACCUGGGAUACACCAAGGCUCAACAUUACGCUGGAGGCUACAGCGAAUGGUCCCAACGUGAGGGAAACUGACUUGGUCAUCAAGGAUUAUAAUAAUGGGGGUGCAUUUUGAUCGGUGCGUUUACACACACAUGCAGUUAUGAAGUAUUGUAGCUUGAAUACUUUAUUUAAAAUCAAUUCCCAAUUAACAAGCACCCAAGUAUGUUGAGCUUUUGAGGUGUGUGACGUCCUCGGGGAUGUUUACUCAACACACGAGAGGACAGGGUUCAUUUUCACAUUAGUAGAGUAUUGGGAAUACAUUACUGUUUGCUUGACCUGUGGAGCUUAACCACAGCCAUUAUGCUGUUCCAAAUUCUGUUAUCCAGUGUUAAGUACUUCUUGUGAAUAACAAAAUCAUUGAGUUUGCAUGUAAACGUUUAAAGUAUCGCAGCUUCUAAGUGCUCUAAAUUAAUUUGUAUUGUUGCAAAUUAAUACAAAAAUAAAUUAACUUUUAAUCAGAGGAUUUAAUCAGAGGAACCAGUUACAAAACAUUUCUUAGUUUUAACCCCUUAAGGUACAUAAUGAAUUGAGCACUUGUUGUUCAAAUGGUUUCUUCUUCUUAAAAUACAUUUGAGAAUGACUCGGGUAUCACAAGGGAACUGAAAAUUUGGAUGAUCAGAUCCUACCUGCCAGUAAAUUUUAAACCUUGUUUCGUGCAAAAAUAAGAAAGUUAGCACCAUUUUAUUUGUGGGACACAUAUGUCUCUUGUACCUUAAAGGGUUAAACUGUAUAUGAUUUGUGUUGUAUGAUGGGUACUGUAUCGGAUCGUGCCUUAGCUGGAGUUUACAGUGUAGAAGACUAAUUAUAAAAUACAGUGUAAAUAGAAAAAAAAGAUCAGUCAAUCAUAUUUUAUUUUAUGAGUCACGAGAGAAUGAUUCUGAAAGGUAAAUAAAAUAAAGUUUCAAUAAUGUAA